AUGGUGCUAGAGGCGCUCAUCCACGCCAACCACAAGUUCCGAUUCGGGGAAAUUGCGGAAUCUAAAGAUCUCGACAGAUUCUGCGAGCUGGACGAUACGAUUCUGAGGGACAUUGUGCGGUCUCGAAACCCCAGCUUGAAGAAAUCGCAGGAGAUUUUGAAGCAGAUUGAGAGACGGCAGCUGUACCAGUACAUGAACGAGUUUGUGGUGCCGGUGGACGCUCUUCACCACUUCAAGCAGCUCACAGUGGCCGAGUACAUAAACGAGUUUGUGGUGCCGGUGGAAGCGCUGCCGCACUUCAGGAAGCUCACAGUGGCCGAGCUGCUGCGGCAUGCCUGUGAGUUUGUGGUGGUGCCAGUGGAUGCGCUGCAGCACUUCAGGAAGCUCACAGUGGAUGAACUGCUGCGGCAUCUCGAUGCGGUGCACCACUUCAAGAAGCUUUCAGUGAAUGAGCUGCUCAGGCAUGGAACAGGGUCAUACCUGAGGGAGCAUGGUGACCAAGUGAUUGUGGACAAUAUCAAGAUCGACUAUGGGCAGGACAUAAACAACCCUCUUGACAAGGCCCACUUCUUCGAUGAGGACGAGGUGAAGGAGGCGUUUGUCAAUUACCAGAUGCAGACAUUCGGUCGCGAAGUCAUGCGCACACCAAGCCGUAAGAGAAUGCGCAGACACCACGAAAAUGGUGGAGGGAUAACCAAUGGGGGUGGAACUGGAACGGAGCUCACGGGGGAUGAUGAUGAUGUGGUCUCUUCACAAACUGCAAGGAAGCUGAUGUGA